AUGAAGGUCUUGUCAUCUCAAGCUCGGCGGCUCCACGUCCCGGCCCCGGUUUCACGUCCCGGCCCCGGUUUCACGUCCCGGCCCCGGGUUUCACGUCCCGGCCCCGGGUUUCACGUCCCGGCCCCGGGUUUCACGUCCCGGCCCCGGCUCCACGUCCCGGCUCCACGUCCCGGCUCCACGUCCCGGCCCCGGCUCCACGUCCUGACCCCGGCUCCACGUCCCGACCCCGGCUCCACGUCCCGACCCCGGCUCCACGUCCCAGCUCCUGCCUUUCCUACGGUCCCUCUCCCUCCCUGGUUGUUUUUUGGACGUCUGGGAUCCGUCCCUUGA